GGCUCAGUGUUCAGCCCGGUCCCGUCGUGGAGGCACGCGUUCUCUUGCCCGCAAACAGAUAACAGAAAUAAAAUAAAAUAUCACAAAAAAACAGUGUGGACAAGUGUGCGAUAAACUUCGCAGUUACCCACGCAACCUUGAAGUGUUUAGGUAAAAGAAAAAAAAAAAAAACAAAAAGCGCGGGAGUGUGACGAACGCGUGGAUGUACGCCGGCGUCUGCUCGUGUUCGAAAUUUGAAGUCAAGGUUGCGAAUUGGAGUCCAAUUUGAAGUUUUGAACCUUCGGUGUUUUGGAUCGGAUAAACAAUGGUGGUCAGAGUAGCAACAGACGAGCGUCCGUUCGAGACGCCGUCUUCUGACGAGAGUGGGCUGGGUCGUAGCGACUCUCCCAGUGAGGAGUCGGAGCCUGAAGCGGCAUUGGUGGUACCACCAGACGGUGGUUGGGGCUGGGUGGUGGUGGUGGCGUCUUUCAUGUGCAACUUCCUCGUUGACGGCAUCAUCUUCUCCGGAGGAAUGCUGCUGGACUCCAUACAAGAAGACUUCAAAACGACGAAAGGCCACGUGGCACCUGUGAACUCAUUACUGGCUGGUCUGUACCUUCUCGGCGGUCCCUUCGUUUCAGCUUUAGCAAACAAAUACGGAUUCCGAGUGGUAACAAUCGUGGGUAGUGUGAUAUCUUCCAUUGCGUUCGGCCUGUCCUAUUUCGCGACGAGCAUAGAAUAUCUCUACCUUGUCUAUGGAAUCAUUGGAGGUUUCGGUUGCGGCAUGGUGUACAUGCCGGCGGUCCUGACUGUGGGCUUCUACUUCGAGCGGUGGCGCGCGCUGGCGACGGGGCUGGCUCUGUGCGGCUCCGGAGUCGGCACCGUCGUAUUCGCACCCAUCACCAAUAGUCUCAACGCGUCUGUCGGCUGGCGGGUCACCAUCCUCAUCUAUGCAGGACUCCUUCUGAUUUGCGUGAUCUGUGGAGCGAUGUUCAGGCCCAUCAAGCCGACUCGCGUCACCCUCGCCGACCAGGCCGAAGACACCGACACUGCUCGUCGGCACGAAGAAGCCGUCGAAAAACUUAACUCCAUGCUCAAGCUUCACAGCAAACUCGACUCUGGAAUCUCUAUGCCAAACGAAAUGAGGUUUACCAACAAAGUCAGCCCCCACACUUGGAUGGGAGUCGCCAAUAACACGCGGUACCCGACCGCUGAAGAAGUCUUCCGAGGAAGCAAUUCCCAUCUCAGCAGGAGAUCGUCUGCCACCGCCGGAACCAUCAAACUCGGAAACAAACCACUAUUUAUUACUGCACCUGUUGAUGAGAAAGACGAACAAGAAGACUCUAAUAGCAACAUUGAAAACACGGAACCCCUUAUUGCUCCGGGUGUCAAAGUCGUACCAAGAGAAGCGAGGUGCCGUCGCUCGCAUGCUGACCUGGCCAGGCCUCUUUACCGUGAUGAUAUCUUCUUCGGCGCCAGCUUGACCAGGCUUCCUCAGUACACAUCUAGAACCUCACUUGGAUACCACUUAGCUGUCACUCACGUUCCUACUAAAGAAGACGCGCAAGAAGAACGUUCUGGCAAGUGUAGUCUUUGCCCCGAAGCCGUCAGAAGGACUCUUGCUACUAUGUUGGAUGUCAGUCUGUUCAAGUCACCAACUUUCAACAUUUUAGCCAUCAGCGGCUUCUUCACGAUGUUAGGCUUCUUCGUGCCUUACAUGUAUUGUAAGAAGAGAGCAGAAGAGAAUGGAAUGAGUGAACACAGUGCUGUGCUGCUGGUAUCAGCUAUUGGUAUCGCCAACAUUGUGGGUCGUAUUGCGUGCGGGUUGGUGUCGUCUAUGCCGAAGGUGUCUCCACUGUGGCUCAACAACAUCGCUCUAUCUGCUGGCGGUAUUGCAACCAUGUUCAGUGGCUACUGCUUCGAUGAAGUCUUCCAAUACACUUACUGCGUUGUCUUCGGUCUUGCUGUUGCAUGUUUCGCGUCACUCCGGUCGAUCCUAGUAGUGGAGUACAUCGGUCUAGAGCAGCUGACGAACUGCUUCGGUCUCUUCUUGCUGUUCCAAGGCUUCGGUGCACUAUUGGGCGCCCCUAUUGCUGGUGCCCUAAUGGAUCUGACUAAUAGCUACGAUAUAUCCUUCUACGUAUCGGGAGGCUUCCUUCUCUUCUCCGCUGUAAUGUGCUACCCUGUGGACUACAUCAGCAGGUGGGAGAAGGCCCGCAACAAACUGAACACCACUCCCAAAGUCUGAGGCACGGACGAAAUCACAGGAUCCCAAGCUGAACUGUUUUCGGUUGAAACAGACACCGAGUUAGAACCGCAAUCCGAUUAUAGUGUUCUGAAAACAGUGACUCGUACGUAAUACCAUGUGAUUUCAAAUAUUGAAGGCGCAUUCCUCGUGAAUGUGGUACGAUAGACUGGAUAUGUAGGAUAAGAAGCCUGUUGCAGUGCUUAUGAGUGACGAUGAAACAACCCAGAUGAAAUAGAAAUAAAGUACUUACAAUUGGUACUACGGUUAUUUCGAGCUCGAAUAAUACUUUCAUACAGAAAUGCAGUCAUACCCAGAAUCUCGGAAAUUAUUAUUUACUUUUAAAUACAACACAAUACAAUUUGUUUAAACCUUGUACAAAAAUCAUCAAACGUAGGUUACAAUUGAAAUAUUUAUUGUGUACGUACUCUAUCAGAAAUCAUGAAAUUAUGAAUUAGAAACAUUCCCAAAAUGAAUCUUUGACAAAACUGCCUUGGGAUUUUACUGAAUGGCUCAAUACAGUCAGAUAAAUGCAUUUAAUUGUAGGUUUAGUAGUUUCAAGUACAAAGACUGUAGUAUAGGCGCAGUUUUGUCGAAGUGGCUCCCAGACACUGUAGAGACGACAUAAAGCCAAAAUGUACUUUAAUUUUUAUAGAAAUUAUUGUUAGUGUGUACCCAAUUUUAUGUUAAAAAGUGGUGCAUAAUUAUAAGACUAUUGUUAUUUAGGUACUUACUGCAUAUCACUGCUUGAGAUGAGUGAGUUUAAUUGUAAUGUUGAUAAAUGUACAUAACUUAUACAAUUUAACGCUUGUGCCUUGAUUGUACGAAGUGAUAAUUUUGGUGGAAGUUUAACAAAAUCGUAAUCACGUUAAUGUUUUCUUAACAAUUCCUUAUAUUUAAGGAGAUAAUGUUCCGAAAGCCCUCUACUUUGUUUUGUAGCUUAGUGUACCUAGGUUCUUCGUACACGGUAAGAAGCACCAACUACCUUUAUCUAAGUAGAUAGAUAAUUUAUAAUUUCAUCAAAAAAGUGUAUGAAUGUAUAGUACAACUAACGAAACAUGUUUGUAGGCACAUAGGUAUAUCUAUUUUACUAUAAUUAUUAUUGAGUCACCAAUCGUACUGUACCCUGUGUACUUAUAAUUUUUUAAAUAUUUUCGAACAAUGUUCUUUACCGUGUACGGAUUUUCUUUAAAUCGUAACUCUUUAGUGUAAGAACUACAACUGUGGCUGUGGAAUUUAUAGCGUAAUGUUUGUAGAUAAGAAAUCAUAGUCAUUUGGUCCCUUCGUUGCUCUCACUCCUGCAAUCUUCAUAUCUCUUUAUCAACUCAAGUUCUACCAACGGAUUUAAGCACACAAUCGAUAGUUUCGAAAUAUUCUUGUUCACAAAUUGACUGUGAUGUGAUUCUGUGGGUUAUCAGCUUGCUUCUCAGACGCUGAGCGCCGUACCUCCGCAGGUACCGGAGUGUAUUAGUAGUGUGUUAGUUUUUACUACUUAAUACAGGUCGCUCGACCAUUAUUUGACGGCGAUAGGGCUGCCUAUCGCGUUAGUCAAAUAGAAAGCUCGUUGACGUGUGGAUACCUACUUAGUACGAUGCGAUAAAUGUACCUCUGACUACCCCGAUUAGGAAUAUACUUAGUCAUGAGAUUAUGUUGUAUUUGUAUGUUAACUAUCGUUGUGUGUUUAUAUCCUAGUGAUGUGUCUAAAUUCGCCAUUAGUUUCCAUUUAGGUACCUGCCUAGUUUCUAUGAAAACUCACCGCAAGUUUUAUUUUUUGAUUACUAUAUAGGUACCUAGGUACUUAUUUUUCAUUUCUCUAUAAUUAGAAAUAUUCAUAAUUAUAAAUGAUAACAAUAAACGAUGUCGAAAUAGGGGCUUUCCAGGCUACUUCCCUUAAAAACAAUAUAGAUGGCGCUGUGAAGCUUUUUCAUGGAUAACGAACAUACCUAACGCAUCUUUUAUCUUUGUUUUUGUUAGUAAAAAUAAUGAUCCUUUUUAUUACACCCAGGCACAAUUAACCCAUUAUUAUUCUGAUCAAAAUAAUGAGAAUCAACACAUAAGUAGGUAACAACAUCAUUCUAUACAACAAUAUCUUUACUUACUAUAUUUUUAAGGAAUCUCGCCUGGAAAGUCCCUAAAAAUCUGGUAAUUUUUUGGAUUAUGCAAUUUUUUAUAUAUUUAUUUUUGUUUUAUAAAUGGAAGCUUUUUUGGUAGAUCUGUUGAUAUAGACUUAUUAAUGGUUGUAUUUUGUACUUUGUUUUAUGUUUGUUCGCGUUGGAUUGUUUUUGUUAGUGACUAUGAUUUUUUAGAGUUAGUGUGUAUGGAUGCCACAGUGCCAUAAUAGAGGAAUAUUAAAUUGUUUGCAUGAUAUGUGCCCUCGAUAUAUUGCCCCUAAGGUCCUUAUUGGUCCUGUCCUAUUUUGGUACUCAUUUAAAGUUCCUGUGCAUUACAAUCUAAUAAAUUCGCAGGUGUAACGAGUUAUAGCAUAAUUUCAUUCUAUUGAACGAAAGCCAAUAUAAUGCAACUACGUUACGCCUGUCAAAAUAAAAAAGCAAUGACUUUUGAUCCUUCCAUUUCAUGGAAAGAUAGAAAGGAGGUUUUAACACAUAUCAGUUAUAAUUAUGGCGGCAAAAUAUGGCAGAAGGAUAAAUAGAUUAUUUUAAUUAAUGAAUAUUCCGCCUGCUGCCAUAUUUUGCCACAGCUGCCAAGUGACAAUGCAAGCAGUCUUCCUUAGCCUGUAUUGAAGUGUUUUAAGAGGUUUUCCUCAGAAUCAUAUUCUUAAUGAAUAAAAAGUAAUAUUGUUGACUUA